AAAGCGCAGAGAGGAAAAGGGACGCAGAGUGAAAAACAACCAAAAAAGUGGAGACAGAUUUAAUUUACGCACGGGAAAAAAAAACUGAGAAAUAGUUCGAGAAAGAAAGGGGGAAUAGGAGAAAAGAGACAUUGGAUUUUUUUUUCUCUAAAUUUGGCUUCUUGCACUCUCAUGACUCAAAGAGGAUUCCAGUUAAAUUCACCCGGUCGGGAGGAAUUGAUGGUGUCUUGUUGGGGAGGCAGAGCCGAGGGGAGGAAUCUGAAUGCGCUCGGCUGAACCAUGCCAGCUUUGUGGAUCAUAACUUUGGCAAUCACUUUAAACCAAGUGUGGUGUGUUCGUUUCUCCCAAGAGCCUGCAGACCAGUCAGUGGUACUGGGAGAACGGGUGGUGCUGUCCUGCGUCGUCUUCAACUACAGUGGCAUUGUCCAGUGGACCAAGGCCGGCCUGGCGCUUGGCAUUGGAGAGGGUCUUCGAGCCUGGCCCAGGUACCGUAUCCUGCGUUCUCUCGACAUCGGCCAGUACAACCUGGAGAUCUCCAAUGCUGAGCUUUCUGAUGACUCUCUGUAUGAGUGUCAGGCCACAGAGGCCGCCUUGCGCUCCAGGAGGGCCAAGCUCAAUGUACUCAUCCCCCCUGAGGACCCAGUGGUCGAGGGAUCCCCCGAGCUCUUGCUGAUGGCUGGUACUUCACACAACCUGACCUGUGUGACCCGCGGGGCUAAGCCUGCAGCGCACAUCCAGUGGACCAAGGAUGGCGUUCCUGUGGAGGGGGCCUACCACUCCACGGAAGUGCUGCCAGACAGGAAAAGGGUUACAACCAGGAGCUACCUGCCCAUCACACCAGUCGACACUGACAGCGGCAGCAAUUUCACCUGUGUGGCCAGCAAUCCGGCCGUACCGAUGGGCAAACGGACCACUCUAACCCUUAAUGUCCACCACCCUCCCACCGUGACCUUGUCCAUCGAGCCUCGCUCUGUCCUCGAAGGGGAGAGGGUUACCUUUACAUGCCAGGCGACUGCCAACCCUCCUAUCAUGGCCUACAGGUGGGCUAAAGGUGGUGUGCUGCUGGAGGGAGCCAGAGAAAGCGUGUUUGUCACAACAGCAGAUCACUCCUUCUUCACCGAGCCCGUGUCCUGUCAGGUGUUCAACGCCGUGGGAAGCACUAACGUCAGCAUCCUUGUGGACGUGCACUUUGGCCCAAUACUGGUAGUGGAGCCCCGGCCGGUUACAGUGGACGUGGACUCAGACGUCACUCUGAACUGCAAGUGGUCUGGAAACCCUCCUCUCACCCUCACCUGGACUAAAAAGGGUUCCAGCAUGGUGCUGAGCAACAACAACCAACUGCAUCUGAAGUCAGUGAGCCAGGCUGAUGCAGGCCAGUAUGUCUGCAAGGCCAUCGUUCCCCGGAUUGGAGUGGGAGAGACCGAGGUUACGCUCACUGUCAAUGGCCCCCCUAUCAUCUCCAGUGAUCCAGUUCAGUAUGCCGUCAGAGGGGAGAGAGGAGAGAUCAAGUGUUACAUCGCCAGCACCCCCCCACCUGAUAAGAUUGUUUGGGCGUGGAAGGAGAACGUGUGGGAAAAGGAGAAAGGAACCCUAAUGGAGAGGUACACUGUGGAGCAGAGUAAACCUCCGUCUCAAGGCGGGGCUGUUCUCUCCACCCUCACCAUCAACAAUGUCAUGGAGUCUGACUUCCACUCCCCAUACAACUGUACUGCCUGGAACUCCUUCGGACCUGGCACCAUGAUUAUCACGCUGGAGGAGAAAGAUAUUGUUCCAGUGGGAAUUAUCGCUGGUGGUACGGUGGGCUCCUCCAUUCUGCUGCUUAUGUUCCUACUGGCGCUCGCCUUCUUCCUGUACCGCCAACGCAAAGGCAGUCGUAGGGGUGUCACCCUUGGUAAACCAGACAUCAAGGUAGAGACAGUGAACAAAGAGACGCACAGCCUGGAGGAGGAGGCGGCCAACGUCUCCACAGCAACCCGGAUGGUCAAGGCCAUGUACUCCCCAUUCAAAGACGACAUGGACCUGAAGCAGGACGUCAGAAGCGGAGACGACACCCGGGAGGAGUACGAGCUCAAGGAUCCAACCAACGGCUACUACAAUGUCCGUGCCACCACCCACGAUGAGGCGCGCCCCCAGUCCCGUGUUGUCCACUACCAGGGAGAGUUUCGCUCUCCAAACCCAACCAGCGGACCAGCAGGAGCCACUUCCAGUGGACCCCCAGCUUCUGCCAGCGGCGCCGUUCCCCCUAGCGCAGUGCCAGGUUCAAGAGCAGGCUGCUACGACCCCCGUCCACCUUCCAGGAUGUCCCAUGCUACCUAUGCCCAAUUUAACACCUUCUCCAGGGCAGCACAAAGCCAGCAAGCCCCUGCUAAUCCAGCUCUUCAGUCACCUGGAGAUUACCCUGGAGACUGCGGUCUGCUGGACAGCACCACCCAACUGGCUUAUGACAACUACGGAUACCCUUCCCAGUAUCCCAGCUACCGCAUGGGCUUUGCUCCACCCAUAGAGGAAGGGCCAGCCUAUGAGAUGUACCCAACAGGACAAGGGACAGGACCAGGUCCAGGUCCAGGUCCAGGUCCAGGUCCAGGUCCAGGUCCAGGCCCAGGGCCAGGGCCAGGGCCAGGGCCAGGGCCAGGGCCAGGGCCAGGGCCAGGGCCAGGACAGCAAAGUCCCGAAACUGGACUGGGAAAGUAUGGAAGCUCCACUCGCUUCUCAUACUCAUCUCCACCCUCUGACUAUUCCCACAGACAACAACGGAUGCAGACUCAUGUGUGAGAAAGUGAUACACAUGCUUUUGGACUUGCUUUUUGCAGCAGCAGUAUGUAUUACACAUAAACACAAAAAAAAAAAAUCUUUGAAAUUUCAAAGAUCUUUGAGAUUCCCACUUGUCUGUACAUUAACAUCUAAGAAUCUGUUUUCCGUUUUCAUCCCAGCCACUGCAUGGUAUUCGGCUAAUUUUGUGAGUUCAUUAAACACCCAGCAGUUAGCAGCAUUGCAUAUGAUACGGUUCACAGCAAUACAUACAACACAUGCACAGUGAUAUUCAUAAACAUUUAAGAAGAUCUUCUGUCUGCAAUGUUUAUGCUCCAAUAAAAAUAACAGCGAGAGCCACAAUCAAGAGAAAACAGACAAAAAAAAAGACAAGAAGAGCACUUUGAAGACACGACGAAGAAGAGGAGCUUAGGAUCCUUUCUCUUCCAGCAAUUCUCAUCUUGCUCUUGGACUGUUUCCCUCCAUCACACGGUCCUGCCGCCCCAUCUCUGUAAAUAAGCGCACAUGGAGAUUAGGGUCAUUUUAAAGUUGUUUCCUUGUACAAAAAUAUAGAUUGUGAUGCAGUACUGUGACCUACAGCAAACCCCUCUGCUAGUCACACUUUUCACAUUUAGUGACUCUAACAUAUUGCAGAACACACACAUGCAAACACAGACAUGCACACAGAUCUUUACAAACCUAUUUGUUUCUAUGUAUUGCAUCAAUGGGGCAGCUUGGACUACGACUAUAUGUGGCACUUUUUGACUCCCCUUCCUCACUAACACUCGCCCAAUGGCCAUUUCUUACAAGAUCUACCUUGAUUUAAUUGGGACAAAGCUUCUUAAGGUGAGUGACCAGAGUGCCAAUGCUUAUGUGCCAACACAUACAAACUAUUAAGAUGUGUCUUCUUUUGUAAAGCGUGGACAAUGACAAUGCUCUGGUUGACGAGAUUUUGUACAUGCCACAUCUAAGAUGACCGGAGCAGUAGCAAGUGUCUCUAUGCUCCUUCCCAUCCCCCAUCGUUCAUUUUUAUUAUCAUGAUACAUUUCACUCAAGGUCAAUGCUACAAACAGGUUUUUUGUGAAAGCGCUUUUUCAUUAAAUGAAUUUCUGCAAUUUGUACAAAAAGAUACCUCCCCUAUCCUCAAGUGUCGAUAACGUAUGUGUUUCUAUCACUUGCACAGUAGAAUAGAUUUUUUUUCCAUAUUUAUACGGAACGGAAUUGAAAAAAAAAAAUGGCAUUCAGAAACAUUUUAUAAUAUUUUUAUAAGGAGUUGCGGACCAAAGGUUCAGCGUUUUGGGUGACACUUUUUAAUGUGUAUGUGGCAUCGUAGUGGAGAUGUUCCUUUAAAAAGAGAUGGAUGGUGUUUUUAAAGUGGAUGUUGUAGAUUUAAAUUAGAAAAACAUGAAGAGCUUCACUUCAGAAUGAUGAAUAUCCGGCAAAGGCUAAUCUGUUUGAUGGAUAUCUUUGUUUGGAGUGAAGCUCUUUCUUUGACUUCCAGUCUUCUGACUGGACUGCCUUUUUCAAACAGUGACGACAUUCAAUUGAUGGAUGGAGAAGAAACAGCCGCUCGGUUUGAGCUGCGCUGCAAACAUUGUGAGCAACGAGAAGGUUCAAACAUAUCAAAGUGAAAGGACAGAGGGUUCUAUCUAGCUCAUAUGGUACUUUGUACAUUUAAAGUAUGUUUAAGUAUGCUGGUUUCCUUACUGCAACAGAUAUUUGGUGGUAUGUUAUGUCCAAGAUUUUUCCAUUAUGCUGUGUUUUGGUGCGUGUGAUUGGCCUUUAACCCCCCCGGGUUAUGAUUAGCAUUUAAAACGUUGCUCCUAUAAGGUGUCAUUGAAUAGCAGUUGGGAAAUUUGCCAUGAAUAUCCCCCUGAAACUGUUAAAGUUUGCACACUCAGCUUUGUUACUGAGAUUUUGCUGGACUGAUUCAUAAGUUCAAAAUUUCCAGACAUUUGUUGAUUAGAUGCGACGUUGGCAGCAUCAUCAGUCUUCACUAUAUACUGACCUUUAGGUUAUAAGGGUCCACAGCUAAUCUGGAUUUUUCUACUUUUAUUGUUCACAGAACAAUAUGACAGUGCACAUUUUAGCAUCUCCUGGGAAUUUUACCUUUUCCUGAGAACACAUACUGCACUGUGUGUGCUUUACUGGACAGACACAGCUAAGGGAGGCUGAAAGCAAUAAAGGUUCACCCACUUGUGUCUUUAUUCUACAGUUAAAACUGAGAACAGAUAAUAGUGGUGUUUUAAAAAUAAGACCCCAGGCUGCAAAGGGAAGCCAGAAAUCUCAGCACCUCCAGAGGUAAUCAUUGAGUGUAUCAGCCACCCUAUCAGCCCCUCUCGGUAUAUUAUGGUAAUUGUGUGCUAAGGGGCUGUAAAAAAUGUAUUUAUUGCCUCUGUUUUGAAUAAACACGGAAAUGAAACCACAGACACACCGUUUCUGAUUAGAACAUCAGCUUGAACCUUGUAGCUCCAAGGUCACUAUAUAAACCUUUUCGGAGAAAAGAAUGGCAGAUGGAGCAGCCUUUUAAAUUUAUAUGGUUAUCACAGCCUUGGUAUUGCAUACUAUUACCUCUUUACAACCUUUUUUUUUUUUUACAGAGUUGUAGCUGUGCAGUAUUUUGCAUCUGACUUGCAAUGUCAUUACGACCUUGUGUAGAAGGAGUACUUUUGACACAGAGGAGGUACUGAGGCCAACAAAUACAUGGCCGGGCCAUCCAGGUACUUAGUUUUUACCUCUUUACUGUUUACGGUUUGUUGACAGUGGGAACAUAUGAAUAUGUAAAAGACACCACAGAUGCCAAAAAUGCAGAACAUGUGUUUAGAUUUGGUUCAGCAAUGAAAAAAAUGUGUGAUUUGGAAGGGAAUGUGGAGGUGUUUACUCCACUAGGUUGUUAUUUUAUGUCCUUUUCCCCUUUUCUCCAUAUGUACCUCUCACUGCGACGUGUGCUGAUACUCUUUGCUCUACUCUCUCCCCUGUGUCAUAUUAAUAACCACCUACAAGCUUCCAAAUUUAGAGGAUGAACCUGUCUUUUCAUGGAAAAAAAAAAUCAUCACAUCAUUGCAAACCUAUCAUAGCUUUCUUCCAAGAUUACAGCGUAUGGGGUCGGUAUAUCUAUCUAGCUUGCAUAAAUGUUUGUAUGUCGAGUGUCUUUUUAGAGAAUAUAUAGCUUCAUGAGCUCAUGACAUUCAUCCAUUGUUAAAUUAUUUCAUAAUCAUGUUUCUUUUCAAGGAAAUCUGUAUUUUAAAUAUUUUUUUUUGUAUUACUUUCUAGUGAUUCAUCAUUACCACUAUAUUUGACAGUGUGCGUAUUAACUUUUAAAGACAGUAUUUUAUUUUAUGUUGUAUGCAUCAGAUAGAUGGGUUCUAAUUAAUCAACCCAGUGGAAAGUGAGAAGGGUUUUGUGCAUCUCUGGCCAAAAACGACUGCCCAGCCAGGCCACAAAUAGCCAAAAUUCUGUCUCAACUAGGCCAACACAGGCUAGAUUCAGGCCAGACCCACAGCUAACUGCUCUGUUCCAUGCUGUGCUGUGCUGUGACAUCCCCGGCCAAGAGUGACUGAAGUGGCUCGGUGUCCAUUUUUACCUUUUGGAGUUUCCAGUGAGUGCCAAAAGACUGUGCAAAAAAAAAAAAAAAAA